GGCGCCAAGCGGGCGGUAUGAUUUCAUCCUCUCUGACGUCGAACUACCACCAGGACUGACCUGUGCACUUAGCUCUCCCCUGUGUCUUUCUUUUUCUUGUUCAUAAUCUUGCUUCAUUUACGAUCUUCAUGAAAAAAGCGACCAAUGCUUCAAUUUCUACGUCCUCAGAUCUUGUCUAUGAUGCUGCCCUAGUAUUCUGGCGAACUGUUACAAAUAUCUUCUUCCGCGAAGUUCGACCCCGAGGUGCUUUCAAUAUCCCUCGAGAUGGUCCUGUAAUAUUUGUCGCUGCUCCUCAUCAUAACCAAUUUCUCGACCCUUUGCUACUUGCGUUGGAAGUAAAUCGAGAGACACGUCGCAAGGUUCAGUUCCUGAUUGCAGCAAAGAGUAUGAAACGAAAGGCAGUCGGAUUCUUUGCGAGCAUGAUGUCUAGCAUUCCAGUCGCACGAGCGGCCGACGACGCUAGUCCUGGGACUGGUCUGAUAUAUCUGGCUGAGAACGAUCCAUGCCUUGUUCUCGGGCACGGAACUCGCUUCUUCUCAGAGUUCACACCCCGAAUGCAAAUCAUGCUACCAAAAUCUGUCGGUGCAUCCGUUGCUGAGGUCUUAGAGGUACUCUCGGAUACCGAAUUAAGGAUAAAAAAGGAGUUCGGCGGCGACAGCGGAAAAGGUACAGUCCGAAUACGAGAAAAGCUCCAAGAGUUGCAAAAUGAAGGCAAACAGGGUCUUGAAUUCAAGAAGCUGCCUCAUAUUGAUCAGCACGAAAUGUAUCAGUAUGUCUAUGAGUGUCUCAAAGCUGGCGGCUGUAUCGGUAUAUUCCCUGAAGGUGGAAGCCAUGAUCGCACAGACUUACUACCGCUGAAGGCAGGUGUUUCACUUAUGGCUCUGGGUGCGAUGGCAAACCACCCAGAGCUAAAAGUCAAGAUAGUGCCUGUUGGACUUUCAUACUUUCAUGCGUCUCGAUUCCGUUCGCGCGCAGUGGUCGAGUUUGGGUCCGCAAUGGACGUUCCACAGCAAUUAGUCGAGAUGUUCAAAGAAGGAGGGAACAACAAGAGAACUGCUGUCGCUAAAUUACUGGACCUCGUUUAUGACGGGCUCAAAACAGUAACUCUCCGCGCGCCAGACUACGAUACUCUGAUGCUCAUCCAAGCCGCUCGUCGACUGUACAGGACACCUGGGCAACAUUUGACACUAGGUCAAGUUGUGGAGCUGAAUAAGCGUUUCCUUGAAGGAUACCUUCACUUCAAAGACGAACCAAAAGUCAUAAAAUUACGUCAAGAUGUGCUGAAAUACAACCGUCUCCUACGCGAUUUGGGCCUGCGCGACCAUCAGGUCCCUCUAGCAAAGAAAUCGUACUGGAAAACUCUGGGGCUAUUCUUCUAUCGGUUCUUGCUUCUUGUCAUAUGGAGUAGUUUGGCACUGCCUGGUGUCAUUUUGAAUGGCCCCAUAUUCAUCGCUGCUUCUCUCAUUUCUCGAAAGAAAGCUAAAGAGGCUCUUGCUGCGUCUGUAGUCAAAGUGGCUGGCAAAGACGUGCUGGCGACCUGGAAAAUCCUGAUCUCGCUUGGUGCUGCUCCCGUGUUGUAUGGCUUCUAUGCUUUCCUCGCGACGGUACUUGCAUUCAAAGUCGGUGCUUCCUUAACAUGGAAGAUCCUGACACCGAUCGCCGUAAUGGUCGCCCUACCUUUUAUUGGAUAUGCUGCCUUGAAGUUUGGUGAAGCUGGCAUGGACGUUCUUAAGUCCCUACGACCCUUGUUUGUGGCUCUCGUGCCAGGACAGCAGCGCUAUCUCAAACGACUGAAGGAGAUGCGUUUGCGUUUGUCAAACGAGCUUGUAGAUGUCAUCAACGAGUUUGGGCCUAAAAUCUACGAAAACUUCAAUGAGGUUAGCUUCUUUCUAGGUACGGCUGAGAGGUAUAUUGCUGACAGGACGAUAGUUCCGGAUUCUUGUACCUUCUGCUAGCGUACCCCCUUCAUCUGGACAACCUGGACUUUGGCGGCGAAAGACCAGUACUGGGGCUGUAGAUGCUCAAGGCAAUCUGCUAUCUCACCCAAUGACAUGGCUGGACGAGAGACUUUUUGGAUGGAGUCGUAGUGCCAGACGUGGGACAAGCGCUUGGGCUGGUAGUGCCAGCAACGAUAUCAGUCGUGCAGCGACGCCCGAAGGCUCAAGUGAUGAAGAGGGGGACUACGACACCCUUAACUAUCUCGAGGUUCCAAGUCGCUCGAAAAGUCGAAGUCGUCAAGGCUCUUAUGCUGAUCUCACCAGGAUUCGCAAGUCCUCAAAUGCUAGUACGACCUCUUUGCCGGUACCAGCAAGAGGGGAGGAGUUGCGCAUGACAUCUGCUUCGGCCUCAGAUACCAACAUAUUGCACAUGCGAUAUGGGCCGCGUACCCGACGGGCCAGCCUUAGUGACAUCGUCUCCGUAGAGCGUAUUGGAGCUUUGGAUCGCGCGGAAUCGUUCCCUGACGCUACAGACGAGAUCAAUCAGGAAGUUGAUAAGCAGAAGGGGGAGCGUUUGCACCAGGAUUGAGGGAGGCUGUUCCUUACCAGAUAUUCUUGUUGCUUUAUCUCAGAAGCCACUGGCUCGGGGCUACGUCUUUCUCUACCCUACUAUUUAGCAUACCCAAUAUCCAUUUGAACGAUGUCCAGUGCUAAAUUACCAUUACAUCACGCUACCGCUAUCAUUUCACAUGCUUGUACGUAUCUCAAAUAUACUUGAAGUUGAGGAUUGUUUGUCGG